AUGCGCAUUGUGGUCGACGAUACCAACGUGCAGUUGACGACUGAAGACGGCCACAAGUUCAGCUUCCCCAAGUCCGACUGUUCGAUCUUGCCCAUCGUGCACUCGUCGGCGGAAGAGCUCGCCAUCUACAUUAGCGGCCGCCUGAUCGAGGAGUUUACGAUGAACGAGCUCAAGGCGCGCAACGUAUUCAAGCUCGAAAUCAGCAUCGCCGAGGCGGAGAACCAACUCGCUUCGUACGAGCGCCACCUCACGUACUAA